AUGUCCACCACGCGAGUGCCAGACGCCACCGCUGCAGCCCAUUUCGUCAAGCCAGGCGACGAACUCCACUGCAGUCGAGGUCACGGCGGAGCCAACGCGGGCCAGCGGUCGCGAGUAAUUGAGUCAGUGCCUGAAGCAUGGGAGAAGCACGAGAGAGUUUUUGUGACGUCAAAAUAUGUCAGCGAGACUUCAAAUGUGCUUCGGACGCGAAGACAGAAGUCGACGACCCCACACACGCCGUCCGCGCCUCCGUACCAUGAUACCGUCACGAUCGACUCAGACGAGCCCGAAUAUGAACGCGUGCGACGCGACUACUGGCCAGACCAUAGAGUGCAGUCGCCUAUCAUGGUACCAGGUCUCCCCCGGAAACCGAUUUCGAUAUAUCGGCUUUAUCCGUCUCCCCCACCCAUGCCGGCGUCGCAGGCAGACUCCCCAAUCCACGAGGCGGUGCGCGGUCGCGAAUACAGUCCCCGACGCGGCCACCGCCGCCGCAGUCGCUCCCGCCGCCACCGCAGCCGCGACCGCGAACGCCACCGCGAAGCAGCACGGCAACCGCCCAGGUCCCCAAGUCGGAGCUCCCUAAAGCGGCGGCGCUCGGCGUCCCGCGGUCGCCGGCGGGGCUCCACGGCGUCGCCGCCGCGCCACCGCCCGAGGCACCGCGAGGCGGAGCGGGAGCGACACAGCAGAAGUAAGCACGAGUCGCCGAGUCCGCCGUCCACGUUCCUACAGCGCCGGAUAGACUUCAAGGAGAAAAUCAGCGAUACAAGUCUCUUCGCAGAACUAGUCAAAGACAAGCACAAGAGAGCCAAGAAACUGCAAGAGAUCCUAAACCAGAAAGAAGAGGAGUCGCAGAGCGCAAUGUCUUCCACGUCUAUCAACAACCCAGAGAUACUCACAAUCGACGAGCUGUCCAACGCCACUGCGGACAGUUCAACGCAGGCGUCCAAAGAGAACGGCGACAGCGGCAAGGAGGGCAGCACCAAAGACAACCAGGACGUGGUGGACAUUCCCAUGCCGGUGCCGCCGCCCGACGACCCGCCCACAGCCAACGGCCAGCCGCCGGAACCCGCUCCCGUCGAGGUCAGUACUACAACCACUGGUCCCCAGUCUACAGAACACACGGAAAAAGAACACAGGUGA